UGUCUUUGCGCGGCGGCGUCCGGUUCGCAUAAUUUUCGUUGUGCGCAUGCGAUUUGGAGUUCGCGUUUUUUCGUUCCGUUUUCGUUUUGUUUCGCGUUUCGGACUUUUGAAGUUUUUUUCGGCAUUUGUUGUUGUUAUUUUUUUUUUUUGGUUUUUGUUGUGAUUUUUAAAAGUGAAACUGACCGACUAAGAGAAAAACCGCUUGGCAAACGCGACAGCAAACCCAUUUGAGGCAGCGCCACAGCCCGGAAGACUAUGCCGCUGGCAUAGCUGAUCAGGCGACGAUCUUAACUGGUCAAUCAAACAAAUCACAUCAGACACAUACACACAUACAGAGCCAUUGAGAGGAUAACUAUCGAAAUGCGCCAGAACAUGAAGCUGCAGCUGCUUGGCUCGCUGCUGUUCAGCGCGCUGCUGGGCUACCUGGGCUCCUCGGUGGCCUUGGCCAAGCCAACGCUGUCGUUUAGCCUGCCGCACGGCCUGCAGGGUUUCCCCUCGUUCCAGUCGUUCACCCAGCAGAUCAUCGAGCAGCGCAGCUUGCGCCAAAUGAAGACGUACAGUGGAAAGCGCGUGAGCAACGAUUCGCUGAUUAUGAUUUACUAUCACGACCUGACCAUAGCCGUCACUGAGCUGGGCCCACAGAAGCUGCUGCUCGGCUGCGAGCUGAUCGAGAUCUACAACGAGAAGGAGGGCAAAAUGCUGCUCGACGGCCUCGCCCAGUACAAUCGACCGCUGGAGAUCAAGUUCGAGGAGAUGCUCAAGCUGAUGGACCAGUGCGAGCACGUCGACAAGCUGAGCUACGCCUCCAGGCUCAAGUACAAGUCCAGCGACCAGGGCUCUGAGCGCAGCAGCGGCAGCGAGUCGAGUGCUAGCGUCUCGGCCAAUGGCAGUGCCGGUGGCUCAGCGAGUCAGGAUGGCGUCACGCUCAAGCUGGCCGCCAACAUCUUUCCGCGCAGCCCCUUCUCGCUGCUGAGCGGCAUCAUACCAGGCACCAAGUGGUGCGGCACUGGUGACAUUGCCGAAACGUACAGCGACCUGGGCAGCGAGAUGGAAAUGGACCGCUGCUGUCGCCAGCACGAUCUGUGCCCCGUCAAGAUACGCGCCUACCAAAACAAAUACGAGCUCAUGAACGACUCGCUCUACACAAAAUCUCACUGCAUUUGCGAUGAUAUGCUGUUCUCGUGCCUGAAGAUGACCAACACGUCCGCCUCGCAGCUGAUGGGCUCCAUUUACUUCAACCUGGUGCAGGUGCCCUGCCUGGAUGGACGCAGCAAUAAAUAUAAGUUCCGUGCGGCCAAAGAAGGUUUCUAGGCGGAACUUUCACAAAAGUUUUUCAUAUUUAACUUCACCCUCUUCUGUUUUUUUUUUCGUCCUGUCGUUGUUAUACCCUGCAGCCAUAGCGAGUGUGUAUUGAGGGUAGAUAUGCUCGUUCUUCUGUCUAUCCGUCUGCUUCGUCCGUCCUCCUGUGAGAGCUUAAGGGUUUCUCUCUAUUGCUAUACCAUUUGAGAUAGACCUUGAAAUUUCGAGGAAUCGAUAAAUAAACUAAACUUUUCUAGUUUCCAUUUUAGAUAGAGCUUGAUCGAUAACUUUCGAUAUUUUUCUUAUCUACCGAGAGAUAUUGCUAGAGAAUUUAGACCUAUUUGGUGCACAGCAUGGCAUUCAGGGUAUCUCUUAGUCGGACCCACUCGACUAGAUCUCCCCCUACUCUCCGCUUUUCUUAACUAUUUGACUUUUUGCGGGCUUGUACAUAUCAAUAUUUUGGGCGCUACUUCAAUUAUUUAUUAAACAAAUAAAAACUAUUUAGGUAUACGAAGGCGUCAGGCCACA